AGUGGGAGAGGUCCCUGGGCACUUAAGUUCCGCAGGCAGUGACACAGAGACAGUGAGCAUGGGGUGGCCGUGGGGCUUCCCAUAGUGAAACCUGGCAAGGAGAGGUACUGACAUGAUUCUGGGUGGAAGGGAAGGAAAAAAACGUGCCUUGGGCAUUGACUCUGUGGCUUGCCCCGGGCCUAAGAGGUAGUUCGUACUGUCACACACAGUUUGCUGGAUGAGGAAACUGAGGCUCAGGAACCCAAGUGAAGUGACUUGUCCAGGAUCACGCAGGAGGAGAUGGGUAACCGGAAUUUGAACCAAGGUCCCAGCAAAGCAUGGAUUACUGGGGUUGGGCGGGCUGACUUCUGCACUUCCCUCCCUCCCGCCGGGCUUGGGUCCCCCACUUGUCUUGACAACGACCAGGCUUGUCACGGGGCUCCGUACAGCACUCUCCACCCUCCCGGCUGCCAGCGUCCCGCCCCAUUCCCUCCCAACCCCCGAGGGAGGAGGGGAGAGUGGGAGAGAGGAGGGGGGUCGGGGAGGCCCGUCUUUAUAAAGGCGGCUGGAACAGCGCUGCCCGCCAGACCCCGCCGCCUGGAUCCCCUGCUUUGCCCGCCGCCCCACGUGACCGCGCCGACCACCAGCUCCACCUUUGAGCCCGCUCGCCAUGGCCCUCUUCGGGGCCCUGUUUCUAGCGCUGCUGGCAGGCGCUCAGGCCGAGCUCCCCGGCUGCAAGAUCCGCAUCACCUCCACGGCGCUUGAGCUAGGUAAGACGUGGGGGCGGGCCGGGGCGGCUGUGGGUGGAGUCGCACCGGCAGUGGGUGCAGGAGCUAAGGGUCUCACUGCUGCUUCAGUGAAGCAGGAGGGUUUGCGCUUUCUGGAGCAAGAGCUGGAGACCAUCACCAUUCCGGACCUGCGGGGUCGAGAGGGCCAGUUCUACUACAACAUCUCUGAGGUGAAGGUCAUGGAGCUGCAGCUGACAUCCUCUGAGCUCAAUUUCCAGCCAGAGCAGGAGCUGAUGCUACAGAUCAACAAUGGCUCCUUGGGGCUGCGCUUCCGGAGACAGCUCCUCUACUGGUUCUUCUACGAUGGGGGAUAUAUCAACGCCUCUGCCGAGGGUGUCUCCAUCCACACUGCUCUGCAGCUCUCCCGGGAUCCCACUGGCCGGAUGAAAGUGUCCAACGUCUCCUGCCAGGCCUCUGUCUCCAGAAUGCAUGCAGCCUUUGGGGGAACCUUCAAGAAGGUGUAUGAAUUCCUCUCCAUGUUCAUCACCUCAGGGAUGCGCUUCCUCCUCAACCAGCAGAUCUGCCCCGUGCUCUACCAUGCAGGGACCGUGCUUCUCAACUCCCUGCUGGAGACCGUGCCUGUGCGCAGCGCUGUGGACGAGUUCGUUGGCAUUGACUACUCCCUCCUGAAGGAUCCCGUGGCCUCCGCCAGCAGUCUGGACAUGGAAUUCCGGGGGGCCUUCUUUCCCCUGGCCGACAGCAACUGGGGCCUGCGCAAUCGGGCGGUGGAGCCCCAGCUGCCCGAGGCAGAGAGGAUGGUAUAUGUGGCCUUCUCUGAGUUCUUCUUCGACUCCGCCAUGGAGAGCUACUUCCAGGCAGGGGCCCUGAAGCUGUCGCUGGUGGGGGCCAAGGUGCCCCACGAUCUGGACAUGCUGCUGAGGGCCACCUACUUUGGGAACAUCGUCCUGCUGAGCCCGGCAGUGAUCAACUCUCCGCUGAAGCUGGAGCUGCGGGUCACGGCGCCACCACGCUGCACCAUCAAGCCCUCGGGCACCACCAUCUCUGUCACUGCCAGUGUCACCAUCGCCCUGGUCCCACCCAAUCAGCCCAAGGUCAAGCUGUCCAGCAUGACCAUGGAUGCCCGUCUCAGCGCCAAGAUGGCACUCCAGGGGAAGGUGCUGCGCACACAGCUGGACCUGCGCAGGUUCCGAAUCUACUCAAACGAGUCUGCGUUAGAGUCGCUGGCAGUGAGCUGGGAAUGGCGGGGUGGGCCAGGGCUGGGGUUGAGGGGGGCAGCGAAGGCGAGCCCACCCUCUACAGGCUGCCCUGACUUCCUCCCUCCUCCCUCCCAGCUGAUCCCACUGCAGGCCCCUCUGAAGACCAUGCUGCAGAUUGGGGUCAUGCCCAUGCUCAAUGAGCGGACCUGGCGUGGGGUGCAGAUCCCACUCCCCGAGGGUAUUGACUUUGUGCGCGAGGUGGUGACAAACCACGCGGGUUUCCUCACCAUCGGGGCUGACCUCCACUUUGCCAAAGGGCUGCGAGAGGUGAUUGAGAAGAACCGGCCUGCCAACACCAGGAACCCCCGAGCACCCAGUGCCCCGCCACCCUCCAUGGCAGCUGUCUGAGUCCUCAACCCCGACCCUGGCAGCUGCAUUCAGGACUCCACCGUCUCUCAUCCCCUCCCUCACCCCGUCGCAGCCUCUAGUGUCCUCUAACCCCCAGUGCCACAGAGAAGAUGGGGUUUUAAGCUGUACCCAAUUUAAUUCCAUAAUCACAGUCAAUCCAUCAAUUACAGUCCGUCCACCCUCCCCGUGGGCUGUCCUGA